AACUUUUUUUUUCUUUCUGGGUCUCAGGAGGUUAAAGCCCACGCGGUGAACUUAUCGGUGACUGACUGUAAAUAAUGAGCAACACACCCGCAACUUUCCGGUAAACUAUCCAGUUUGUAAAGCUUCAUACUUGCGAAAAGGGAUAUGUAUAUUUUAUAACCGCUUUUCUUUGAUUUAGUAUUCGAACAGAAAUAUUGAAGCUUUGGAACACUUUUCCCGCGCUUUGCCAGCUUAAACAACCGCAAUGUCUGCACCUAAAUUCACCUUGCUGUGUAAUUCGCAUAACUGCCGGGCAAAGUUGAGUGGGUUUGCGUGGGUCACGGCCUGCUCUCACGCCUUCUGUGAUCAACACGGUUCAGAGGAGUUCAGCCGCACACCUGCCAUCUGCCCCGCGUGCUCCUCCAUGCUCUCGGGCAAACUGGACGUUCUUAGAACCGAGCUGGCACCCUCAGAGCAAUACAAGGCUAUGGUUUUGGUCGGAUUACGGCCUGAAACUGUUUUGGAAAUCAGUCAUAAAGCGCUAGACUUCUGGACCUACCAGGUAAACCAGGAGCGGUUGCUGAUGGAGUACAGUUUGUCCAGGGCUGGGGGACAAGUGCUUCAGAUGGAGAAGUUUAUGAUCCAGCAGAACCAGAGCAAAGAGCUAGAGUUAAAUGCAUUAAGAGGGGAGAUCGCAUCCUUGAAAAAGGUGUUGGAAGAAUAUAAGCGGAAGUACAGUGAGGUUUUGGAGCGACUGAAUGAACAAAAUAGGCAAUAUCAGAAGCUGCAGGGACUUCUCGACUCAGUACGGAUGCAUACGCUGGGAACGAGGGAGAAAGAUCCCAUUUCCCACUCUUUUACUACAGGUUUGGUCAAACCACGCUCUCCUCAUAGCAGUCCUUCAUUCCUGGGAUCAGAAGGGGACAGGUUCUUCUCACUGGGGCCAGAAAACACUAAAACUUUCUUCCAGUUCAGCACACCCACCCGAGACAGAACCCAGACUUUUAUCAAGAAAAACUAAGUAUGAUUUAAGUUUCACUAGGAUGCUUUUUUGUUUAUUUCUUUGUUUUUCUUUUUUCAAUUGCUUUAUUUACUGAUAAAGCUGUUACACAGUUUAAAGAAGGUGUUAUACAGCAAAUACUCCCAACAUGUUUCCAGUAAU